AUGCCGGGAGACGCGGGGGAGUCUGCGGCGGACGCGGCCUCGCGGGCGGGCGGCGUGGGCGCCGGAGGGCCGCCGGCUCCGGAGGCGGAGGCCGAGGCGGCCGAGCUCCUGCCCUUCCUGGCGCCCGGCGCGCGGGCGGACUUGCAGGCGGCGGCGGCGCGGCACGUGCUGGCGCUGACGGGCUCGGGGCCCGGCCGGACGCUGCUGGCCGGGCAGGCGGCGCUCCUGCGGGCGCUGGCGGCGCUGGCGGCGGCCCCCGCCCCGGCCCCGGCCCGCGACGCCGCCCGCGCCCUCGUCAACCUGGCCGCCGACCCCCGCCUCCACGAGCCGCUGCUGGCGGCCGCGCCCGCGCUGCCCGCCCGCCUGCUGGGCCGCGCGCUGGACCCGCAGUGGCCCUGGGCGGAGGAGGCGGCCGCCGCGCUGGCCAACCUCAGCCGCGAGCCGGCGCCGUGCGCCGCGCUGCUGGAGGCGCUGGCGGCCGCGGAGCCCGGGGAGGCCGGCCUGGGCCUGGAGCGGCUGGUGCGCGCGCUGUGCACGCCCGGCUACAACGCCCGCGCGCCCCUGCACUACCUGGCGCCGGUGCUCUCCAACCUCAGCCAGCGCCCCGCGGCCCGCGCCUUCCUGCUGGACCCGCACAGGUGCGUGGUCCAGCGGCUGCUGCCCCUCACCCAGGACCCAGACUCCACGGUGCGCAGGGGCGGGGUCGUGGGGACGCUGCGAAACUGCUGCUUCGAGCACCGACACCACGAAUGGUUGCUGGGUCCCGAGGUGGACAUUCUCCCCUUCUUGCUACUGCCCCUGGCCGGGCCUGAGGACUUCUCCGAGGAGGAGAUGGAGCGCCUGCCCGUGGACCUGCAGUACCUGCCGCCAGACAAGCAGCGGGAGCCUGACGCUGACAUCCGGAAGAUGCUCAUUGAGGCCAUCAUGCUGCUGACGGCCACAGCACCUGGGCGGCGGCAGGUGAGGGACCAGGGAGCCUACCUGAUCCUCCGAGAGCUGCACAGCUGGGAGCCUGAGUCUGAUGUGCGGGGGGCUUGUGAGAAACUCAUCCAGGUGCUUAUUGGGGAUGAGCCGCAGCGGGGCAUGGAGAACCUGCUGGAAGUGCAGGUGCCUGAGGAUGUGGAGCGGCAGCUGCAGGAGCUGGACCGCCGGGAGCAGGAGCAGUGCCAGCGGGAGCAGCAGGAGCAGCAGUGCCAGCAGGAGCUAUCUCCGGAGCCACGCUCGGAGGGGGCCGCACCCACCUGA